AUGGAGAUGGUGACCGAUAAUCCUUCUUCUUUCUCACUGAUUCUAGAAGAUCGUGAGCAGAAUUUUGCACCUCCUACACCUGCAACAUCUAGAAGAGCGGGAGGAUGGCGAUCCGUGAGAUACAUACUCGCGAACGAGUCGUUCGAGAAGCUGGCGUCCAUGAGCUUGAUAUUAAAUAUAACAUUGUACCUACGGUCGAACUACAACAUGAAUAACAUUGCUGUUGUUAAUGUGGUCCAAAUUUGGGUUGGAUCCUCCAACAUGGCAUCCAUAGCCGGCGCUUUGAUCACUGAUACUUAUCUGGGCCGGUUCCGGGCCCUCCUUUAUGGCUCCAUCGCAUCUCUUCUGGGUAUGUUGACAAUUACCUUAACAGCAGGAAUACAUCAGUUAAGACCCCCUACCUGCACAGACCCACUUCAUUGCCAGAAAUCAAAAGCGUGGCAGAUCGGCAUCCUCUUUGGAGGUCUUGGACUGUUAUCUAUAGGAGCUGGUGGGAUUAGGCCCUGCAACAUUGCUUUUGGGGCUGAUCAAUUUGACACCAAGACAGAAAAGGGCAGGGCACAGCUAGAGAGUUUCUUCAACUGGUGGUACUUGUCUUUCACAGUAGCAUUAGUCAUAGCACUCACUGGUGUUGUCUAUGUCCAAACCAAUAUCAGUUGGACUAUAGGAUUUGCCAUUCCAACUGUUUGUCUGGCACUUUCUGCAUUCAUUUUCUUGCUUGGUCGCAACACCUACAUUUACAAGAAACCUCAAGGUAGCAUCUUUGUAGACAUGGCCAAGGUGGUUGUGACAGCCUUUAGAAAAUAUAAGCUUCAGCCUUCUGGGAAGUCAUUUUAUGAUCCGACACAUACAUUGGAUGAAUCACCGUUGGAUAAUAAAGGACAUGCUUAUAAAGAUAGGUGUAAGUGCCUUGACAAGGCUGCUAUAAUUGCCAACCCCAGUACUGAACUGGAUGACCAAGGCAUGUCAAGGAACGGCUGGAGACUUUGUAGCUUGGAACAAGUUCAAAACUUCAAGUGCUUGCUGGGAAUUCUUCCAGUCUGGGUGGCUGGGAUCUGCUGUUUUAUGGUAAUAAACCAGCAGAACACUUUUGGGAUCCUUCAAGUUAUGCAAAUGGAUAGAUCCAUUGGACCCCACUUCAAGAUUCCACCUGGGUGGAUGAACCUGACAGCAAUGCUAUCACUUUCCAUAUGGAUUCAGGUUUAUGAGGGCAUCUACAUUCCUCUGUCCAGGAAAUUUUAUAAAAAUGCUGUGAGAUUGAGCAUGGGGCUAAGAAUCAAGAUUGGGAUUUUGUUAUCAAUCUUAUGCAUGUUGGUUGCAGCAACUGUUGAGAAGCAGCGACGGCACUCAGCUUUAAGACAAAAUUCAUAUAUUUCGCCAACACGCUUUACGCUGCUAUUGCCACAGUAUGCACUAUCAGGUUUAACGGAAGCUUUUGCUGCUGUUGCUAUAAUGGAGUUUUUCACCAUGCAACUACCAGAGAGCAUGAGGACCGUUUCAGGGGCUCUCUUCUUUCUGAGCAUGUCCAUUGCAGAAUACUUGGGCUCACUUAUAGUCAACAUUGUCGACAAAUUAACAUCAGAGAAUGGAAGAAAACCAUGGCUGGGUCAUCAUGACUUGAACCAUGUUAGACUUGAAAACUACUAUUAUAUCAUUGCUGCCCUGGGAGCAUUGAAUUUUCUCUACUUCAGUUUCUUCGCGGUCCAUUAUUUGACAAGCACGCAGGGCACUGAAAUGAAAGAGGUGCAACCACAGAAUUCAACUGCUUGUAGGAAUGGAGAAUUGUCUGGACCAGAAGAUGAGGAGAAGGGAUUGAGCAUAAAAAGGAGCUAA